UGCAACUGAAAGUAUAAAUGGAUCGGGAGUAACGACACCGUGAGUCGACUUUCUCGUGCAAGACAGUUCUUGGCAGCCAUUGACAGUACAAUAUCUUUGCUCUUUUGUACAACCCGGUACAACGUACACAUCUCUAAGACUUGAGAGCCUGCUGGACCGCCGUCGUCCUAUCGAGAAACAAACUCUCCUGUCCGGCCCGAGCAGUUGUGGUGAAUUUACCUCUUUCUUGCGUAGCAACGACAAGGAAUACAUACACAAUGGUGUUGCCUUUCCAAGAUCCCCGUGACGAUGUGGCUAGCGAUGGCACUCGAUCCACUAUUCCAGCAAACACUCACAUCGACCAUCUUUGCUCCUUGGAUAUCAACACCAAAGCAUCUCGAGUCCGUCUAUCUGGAAUCAUCUGCACCAUUGGUCCGGCUUCGGCCAAGGUUGAGAUGUUGGAGAAGAUGGUUGAAACUGGAAUGAACAUUGCCCGUCUGAACUUUUCACAUGGUUCUUACGAAUAUCACGGAAAUACCAUCGCGUCCGUCCGUACGGCUGUCAAAAAUUUGGGCGAUAAGCUUAAGAUGACUGUGCCCGUCGCUAUUGCUCUCGACACCAAAGGGCCAGAGAUCCGUACCGGUCUCCUUGAAGGCGGACCUUCAGCCGAAGGCGAAUUGAAAAAAGGAAACACUGUUAAGUUGACUACAGAUCCAGCAUUCCUCGACAAAGGCACAGCCGAGCUUAUAUAUGUUGACUACACCAACAUUUGCAAGGUCGUCAGUGUAAAUAGCCACGUCUAUGUUGAUGAUGGUCUAAUUUCUCUCAUCGUCAAAGAAAUUGGAAGUGAUUAUCUCGUCUGCGAAAUCGAAAACGGUGGUUCGUUAGGAAGCAAGAAGGGUGUUAACUUACCCGGCACCAAUGUCGACUUGCCAGCCGUCUCUGAGAAGGACAAAGCUGAUCUUCUUUUUGGUGUUGAGCAAGGAGUCGAUAUGAUCUUUGCUUCUUUCAUCCGAAACGCUGCCGCUGUUCAUGAGAUUCGUGAAAUUCUAGGGGAAAAGGGUCGUAACAUUCUCAUUAUCUCUAAGAUUGAGAACCAUCAAGGUGUUCAUAAUUUGGAUGAAAUUAUCGAAGCAUCUGAUGGUAUCAUGGUCGCUCGCGGUGAUCUUGGUAUCGAAAUCCCUCCUGAGAAAGUCUUUUUGGCCCAAAAGUGCAUGAUUGCUAAAUGCAACCAGGCUGGCAAGCCCGUCAUUUGCGCUACGCAAAUGCUCGAGUCCAUGAUCAAGAAGCCUCGCCCGACUCGUGCUGAGGGUUCUGAUGUAGCCAAUGCUAUCCUCGAUGGUGCCGACUGCGUUAUGCUUAGCGGUGAGACUGCCAAGGGAGACUACCCUCUCGAGUGCGUCCGCACAAUGGCCAAUAUCGCUAAGGAGGCUGAAGCCGCUAUGUGGCACAAGCAACUCUUUACUGAGCUGUCUGGCAUGGUUUGUUUUUUUAACUUGAGUCUGGCCCAAUUCCAAUUACUCAUUUUUGGGGGGUUUCUUUAUUUCAAGGUUGUCACUCCUGCUGAUUCCACUCACACUGUUGCUAUUGCUGCGGUUGAAGCUGCUUUCAAGAGCCAAGCGGCUGCCAUCAUCACGUUGACGACCACUGGUCUCACCGCCCAUCUGAUGGCCAAAUACAGACCUCGUUGCCCCAUUAUCGCCGUCACCCGGCACGAACAGGUGGCCCGCCAGUGCCAUCUGUGGCGCGGAAUCCUCCCGCUCCAUUUCGGGGAAUCUCGUGUGGCUGAUUGGCUGAAGGAUGUCGAUGCUCGUGUCCAGUACGGAAUAAAUUUCGGAAAGACCCGUGGAUUUAUUCGCACUGGCGAUCCGAUUAUUGUUAUCACUGGAUGGAAGCAGGGAUCGGGAUUCACCAAUACUUUUAGACUCCUGUAUGUGGAUACUGAUUAGACACACAAAUCACGCAGCUUCUAUUUUGGCUUCAUGCAAACGCAGCGACAUAAGCAGCACUACAUCAACAACGUCGGAUUCCCGCCUUGAGCGUUUAAAUUAGCGAAAAGAAUCUCCUUGUUUUUUGUUUUUGUUAUUGGAACCGUAGUCUUACAGUGUCCUUCUUUGUUUUUAAACUUUAUCAUCGUCCUUGAAGUUAUCAAUUUCGUCUAUGAUCUUUAUAGUAACUGUGCAGAAAGGAAGCUGAAGCAUCAAAUAGAACUAACAUAUUGGUUCUCAAAUCAA